AUGGGGGAGCCGUCGAUCUUGGACGCGGCCCUCGAGUCGCCCGCGCGCGCGGAGGUGACGAGCGAGCGGAACCUGGCGCUCCCGGCGCUGACCAUCAGCGCGCGGGAGCUCGACGCGCUCAGGUCGCUGCGGGCGUCGAGCGAGGGCGCCGCCGUGCCCGUCGAGUGGGUCGUCGACGUCGCGGACAACAACCUGAACUGGUUCAUCGCGACGGCCUACAGCUUCGACGACGCCGCGUCGACGGUGCGCGUCGCCAUCCCGGACCGCGAGGAGCCCGACUGGGAGGGCGACCUGCCGCUCGACCACCGGACGAUCCACCUCAUCGAGUGCUGCGACGACGCGUCCGCCGCGCUCUACAAGCACGUCGUCGCGGCGGCGACCGUGCCCGUCGCCUGGCGCGUCGAGUGGGCGCUCGACGGCGACGACGACCGGCCCGCGGCCGGUGCCGCGGGUACGGCGAGGUACUACGGCCGCCUGUCCAACGUCGUCUACGUCGGCGACGGCGACGAGGCGCUCCAGGAGGUCGGCGUCGACGAGAACCUGAAGCUCGUGGAGGUGCUGGGCGACGACGGCGGCCACGGCGACUUCGAGCAGCUCGUCGUCGAGGGCAUCGUGCGGUGGGAGGGCCCCGGCGACGACGGCCGCGAGGACCCGGCGCUCGCCGUGGCCAAGAAGCCGCGGAAGGCGCUCGAGGAGUCGCUCGAGGGCCUCGAGCGCCUCGCGGGCGACAUGAGCCGCUGCAUGGAGGACGCGCUCCGCAUGCGGUCCGAGGUCGAGCACGCCGAGGUCGCGCGGCGGCUCCGGAAGCACGUCAUCCUGGGCGACCUCGACGCCCUCGCCGCCGUCCAGGAGGACGCGGACCGCGACGCGCGGUCCGAGCUCGCGGCGCGGCGCCAGGACGCCCAGGACGCGACGCUCGGCUUCGUGUCCCGCUGCGAGGCGCGGUUCUGGCGCCAGGCGUCGACGGGCCUCUUCUUCCGGCGGCGCUACCACGUCGGCGACGACGUCGAGGUCGUGCUCUGCCGCGGCCUCGAGUCGCAGCGGGGCAAGAUCGCCAAGGCCCACGACAACGAGACCUACGACGUGGAUUUAGAAGGAGAGCGGCCCGAGGUCGGCGUGCAGAUCCCGCCCGAGUAUUUAAGGGCCACGGCGAAGAACCGGGCGAAGAUGCAGGGCAACCUGUUCGGCGACGACAAGAAGGCCGGCGACGAGUCGGCGAAGGCGCGGCGCCGCGAGUUGGAAGGGGCCGUCGCGGACAUGCUCCGCGAGCGCGACGCGCUCCGGAGCCGGCUCGACGCGCUCGCGCGCGAGCGGGACCACGUCGAGGACGGCCUGCGGGCCCGGCCGCCGCCGCGGACGCCGAGCUCCGCGGCCAAGGACGAAUCCCGCCGCGAGACGGCGGCCGCGCCGCAGCAAGCGCGCGUCUGGCGGCAGCUGCCGCGGCGCGGACCUGUGUGCAAAUCAACCAGCGCGGACGCGGCGCCGCCCGACGCGGCGGUGCUCGACGCCGCGCUCCCGCUCCUCGACGGCGCCGGCGACGACGUCCAGCGCCUCAACGGCUUCGACGUCGUCGCCGUCGCCUUCCAGGGCGCGGCCCUCGAGUCGUGGGCCGACGCGGACGCGGCCGUCCGCGCGCGGAUCCCCGGCGACGGCGCCGAGCGCUGGGCGUCCGUCGUCGCCCGGACGUCGGCGGCGGCGCCCCCGGCCGUCGUCGUCGUCCUCGCGCGGCGCGACGCGCUGGCGGACGGCGACGGCGCGCUCGCGGCGGGCGGCGGCGGCCGGUCCGCGUCCGCGUUCGCGAAGCUGCGGUCGGGCGCGACGCUCGCCUUCGCGUCCGGCGCGGCCCUCGCCGACGCGUCGCGCGUCGCCGAGCCCGGCGAGGCCAACGCCGCCGCCGCCGCCAUGCUCGCGGACGCGGGCGGCGGCGCGACGUCCGUCGACUGCUGCGGGGACGCGGACCACGCGUUCUUCCUCGGCGACCUCGGCUACGGCAGCGACCCCGUCGACGCGUCCGACGCCGCGAGCCGUCAAGCCGUCGCCGAGGCCGUCAAGACGGGCGACUGGGCGUCCCUCGUGGGCGGCGACGCCCUCAAGCGCGAGCGCGCGGCGAAGCGGUGCUUCGCGGGCUGGGAGACGGCGACGCCGCGGUUCCCGCCGACGGCCUUCCUCGAGGCCUUCGACGGCGAGGCCUACGGGUCGGGCGCCGGCGUCGCGCCGGCCUGGUGCGAGCGCGUGCUCUGGAAGUCGCUCCCGGGCCUCCGGGGGUCGCUCCGGCUCGAGCUCCACGACGCGCGGCGCGGCCCCCGCGGCGGCCGCGGCGCCGUCGUCGCGGCCUUCUCCGUGUCGGCGCCGGCGCGGCCGCCGGGCCCGCCGCGGGCGCCCCUCGCCGUGAGCUUCCCCGUGCUCCGGGCCACCGUGCUCCUCGAGCGCGCGGAGACGCUCGACGACGCGCGCGACGCCGCGGCCGCGCUCGGGCCCUGCUACCUCGAGAUCUCCGGCGGCGCGGCGCGGCGCGCGGGCAACGGCGGCGGCCCGCGGAGCUGCACGUCGCCGCGCAACUUCGUCGAGGACGCGGAGUCGCUCGAGCCGCCGCCGGACCCGUCCGCGCGCGCGCUCUGGGACGACGACGACGCGCUGCUGGCCAAGCUCGAGGCGUCCGUGGACCCGGACGACGACGGCGACCACGUCCUCUUCAAGGUCCUGGGCCGCGACGACGGCGCGCUCGUCGGCGGCGCGCUCCUCGGCGGUCGGUCGCUCGCGAAGCGGCUCCUCCAGGCGGACCGCGACGCCGUCGACUUCGAGGAGCCCAUCCUCCUCAACGGCGUCCUCAAGGGCUUCCUCCGCGGCUCCGCCAAGGUCGCCCGCGACGGCAACGACGGCGACGCCCAGACGCCGGACCGCGGCGCGGGCGCACCCGGCGCCGCCGCGCCCGCGCCGGAGACCGCGACGCCCAAGGGCAAGUCCUCCAUGAAGUCCGUCGCCAAGGGCAUCGGCAACAUGCUCGGCAUCCGCAAGAAGAAGUGCUUCGACGGCGACGAGGGCCCGUGGGGCGAGCCCGCGGUCUUCGGCGGCGAUGACGUGGCAACCUUCAUGAUGGGCGCGCCGCAUCGCGGCACCGGCUACGUCGUCGGCUACAUCGGCUCCCAGGACCUGGUCACGUCGAUGGGCGCCUUUUACAAGGGCACGCCCGGCGGCCGCGUCGACGACGAGCCGCGGUGGCCGCCGCCGGGCCACAUGGGCAAGAACCUCGCGAGGGAUCUGCAAUUCUUCUAUUCCAUCGGCGAAACGGAUAGCCAGCGCGCCCGCGUCCCUUCUUCUUGGCGCCUCUCGACGCGUUUCGUGGCCGCAGGUCGGACGCACCGAGACGAGACGUGCUCCAUCCUCGUCGUGCUCGAGGGGAAGAAGACCGUCUGCCUCUGGCGCACGUGCGCGCCGCGGGAUCCGAGUUCGACGUCCGCGGAGCACGACCAGUCCGAGCAGACCGACGAUCCGGAUCUCAAACUCGACCUCGAGGCCGGCGACGCGGUCUACAUCCCAAAGCGCGUCUGGCACCGGAUCACCUCCGUGCCCAAGACCCUCGCCUUCAGCCUGAAGGUCCCCUUUGCGCCGAUCUGGCGCGCCUUCGCGGCGUUCACGCAGAGCGACGUCGGCAAGUUCGCCCACUUCGUCGAGCGCGCGGACCCGUACGACGUCCGCUUCACGCUGCCCGUCGUCAUGUGCGCGUACGUCUUCGACAGCGGCUUCAUCGACGCCUUCCGGCUCGACUUCGACCGCGAGGCCUUCACGGCGACCUUCGGCCGCGCCGUCACGUGCGAGGCCGUCGGCUUCUUCCGGCACCACUCGCCGCACUUCGCGGACGGGGCCGCCGAGCUCUGCCUCCUCAUCGCGCACCUCAUGGUCGACGGCUCCGUCGAGAAGCUCAAGUUCCUCAUGAUGGGCGCCCACGGCGGCUGCGGCAUGUCCCGCGCCCUCUUUUUUGAAACGUUUCCCGCCGGAACCGCGCGCGGCCCCGCAGGCCACGCGGCGACGAUCGCGAAACUGUCGGGCCUCGCGGCGCCGCGGCCCGGCGCCGGCUCGCCGACGUCCGUCGACGCCUUCGACGACGCGUCGACGGACGACGGCUGGCCCGGAGACGCGGCGGACGCGGAGACGUUCGCGGGCGCCGACGGCGCGCCGCUCUUCGCCGUCGUCAACGUCGCCGCCGUCGACGCCGAGCGCGCCGCCGCCGCCCGCAAGCAGCAGCGCAACGCGGCGCGCGCGGCGAAGCGCAAGCAGGCGCGGCGCCGCCGCGCGACCGUCGAGGCGUCCGCGCGCGAGGACCUCGACGCGCGACUCCGCGCGGCCGAGGGCGCCGCCGCCGCCGCCGCCGCGGCCCUCGCCGCCGGCGCCCUCGCGGCCGCGGCGGCGUCCGCCGCGCGCGAGGCCGCGGCGGCGUCCGCCGCGGCCGUCGCGGCCGCGGCCGCCGAGGCCGCGCGGCCCGCGCCGCCGCCCCCGGCGCCGAAGCCCCCGGCGCCCCGGCCCGCGCCGACGACGCCCGUCUACGCGAGCCCGCCCGUGGAGGCCUGGGGCGUGCCGGCAACGGGGGCGCACGGCGCCGCGAGCCUCGUCGGCAACAACGGGUCCUGCGCGGUCUCGGGCGGCGCCGCGCUCGUCGUCGACUUUGGCGUCGAGCGCGCGGGCUGGUUCGAGUUCCGCCUCGCCGGCGACGCGAGCGGCCUCCUGGCGGCCAUCAGCGAGUACGACUACCCCUGGACGGGCAAGACCAUGGCGCCCGUCGCCUACGACGGCGGCUGGUACCGCCUGGAGACGAACGGCGAGCUCUACGAGGGCGCGCGGUACGCGUUCUUAUUUCCCAAGUCGGACGUCGACGUGGUCGAGGCGCGCGUCGUCGCCCGCGUUAAUUACACGGGGGCCUUCCGCUCGAGCGACGCGACUCUGGAGAAGUCCUGGUACGCGGCGGCCUACGGCGCGCGGCUCAACAUGAACGCGGACGACUUCGGGUCGAUCCUCAUGGACCGCGGCGACCGCGUAUCUAUUCAAGGCGACGGCCACCCGACCAUGGCCGCGGCGCUGGCGGCCUUUGGGGCGCCGGCGACCUGGGACCUCGUGAAGCUCAUGCUCAACAAGACGGACAGCGGCUGCGCCGGCUGCCGCGUCGUCGACGACUCGCUCAUGUCGUACCCGGUGCUCUGGACCAUGUCCGUCAACGACUACUACUGGGCCUCGGGCGACGCGGAGACGUUCGCGCGGUUCGCGCCCGACGUGGCGACGAUUCUGGAUAAGGCGCUGGCGACGUUCCUCGCGACGCCGCCCGUGGAAUUCAUGGGCUGGGACGACCGGCUCGACAACGGCUUCUGCGGCGAGUGCACGGGCGAGACGCGCCUCGCGUUCAGCGGCCUGCUCGUGCGCGCCGUGUCCGACUUCGCGCAGUUGCUCGGCUUCCCGAAGACGCGGGACGCGCUGCCGGCCGCGGCGGAGCUGGCGCGACGGUACUCGCGCGCGGCGGAGAACGCGACGCGCGCGCUGCGAGCGAGUGAGCCGGCCUACGGCCUCCACUCGGCGGCCUACGCCAUGACGGCGCGCACGGGCCUCGUCACGGCCGGCGAGGCCGAGGCGCUGGUGUCGUCGCUCUUCCGCGACGCGGCGGCCGCGUGCUCGUGGUCGCCGUUCAAUAGCUUUUGGAUCCUCCAGGCCCUCGGCGACGGCGGCUUCGGCGACGACGCCCUCGCCUACGCGAAGCUCUGCUGGGGCGGCAUGCUCGAGCUCGCGAACGGGUGCUUCUUGGAGCUGUUCAGCCCCGAGUGGCUCCGGUUCUCCGACGCGGGCGACAAGCUGCCGACGAAGCCGAGCGAGUGCCACCCCUGGUCCAGCGGCGUCGCGCCCUGGCUCACGAAGGUCGCCGCGGGCCUGAGCCCCCUCGACCCGGGCUACGGCGCCCGGGCGCUCGUCGCGCCGCUCUUCUGGGGCUGCGCGGGCGCCGCGGUCGCGGGCGCCGUCGCCGCGCCCGCGGGCGACGUCGCCGUGGACGCGACGUGCGUCGGUGGCGUCGCGACGGUCGCCGCGUCGGCGCCGCGCGGCGUCGCCGUGGUCGUCGGCCUGCGGAAGACGCUCGGCGACGGCUGCGUCUUGACCGGGGCGUUUGUUGAUCACGAAGCGGCGCCGCUCCUCGACGCGGAGACGUCGGGCGCGGCCGCGGGCAUGCACCCGCUCAACGCCGCGGGCCACGCCUUCGUGCGCGCGAACGGCACGGUCGCGGCCGCCUACGACUGCCCGUCGGACGCCUCGGACGGCACCGCGCCGACGUACGCGCCGCCGACGUACGCGGCCGCCGUCGCUCCGUUGGACCGCGCGACGGGCGGCCGCUGGCCCGGCGCCUACGGCGGCGACGGCUACGCGCUUUUCGGCAUCGACGGCGCGGAGCGGCUCCCGUCCUACGUCUCGAACGUCACGGCCUACAAGCGCGAGCCGAAGCGGACGACGUACGCGGCCAACGAGACCGCCGCGGCCGCGCGGCUCUGCGUCGACGCCGCGUGCUCCGCGCGAGCCCUCGGCUCCCUCGGCGAGGGCUGCGGCGACCAGGGCAGGACAAGAGAGCGAAAUUCCCAACUUCAAAGGCUCCUUUCUCGGCCGUUUUCCACUCGCGGCGACGGCUGCCAGGGCACCGUGCUCGACGUGUCGCUCGACGGCGCGCCGGCGUCGCUCCGCGUGGCGCUCUACUUCGUCGACGCGCCGGCGUCGGACGAUCGGGACGAUUCGCCGCUGCCGGUCCCGACGCCCGGCGGCGGCGCGGCGUCCGUCGUCCGCGCGCUCGACCUCGCGACGGGGUCCCUCGUCGCGCCGGAGGAGAAGAUCGCGGAUUUCGCCGGCGGCGCCUACUGGACGCUGGCCUACGCCAAGGGCGUCCGCCUCCGGAUCAUGCCGCUCUACGGCUCCGCGCGCGUCUCGGCGAUCUUCUUCGACUCGUCCUAG